AUGUAUUGUCAGAAGUGCCGGCAACCUCUUCGGAUAGACGCCUCAGUCCAGGAGCUCAACCCGGCGUCUUUCGACCUGCUCGUUGCGUCUACGGCCAAAUCCCAAGAAAACAACACCAAUGUAUCACGUCUCACCUUCCCAAGAGAACGGAAAGACCUAUAUGAUCGUGUUUCCGGCUCGAUACAUCCUCCCAUCUACAAACGGAACAUCCCUGCCCCCCAGGAUGGUGCCCAGUCAGUGGACCAUGGACCCAGCAAUGGACACCCUGACAUGUCCUUCGUUGAGAUAACACAGUCUCAGGUGGCCUUGCAAGAGAGAGAUCAAGCCGACCGAACGAGGCGCAAGACAGAUGGAAAGAAGGACGACGAUAACUCGGACGAGGGUGAGAAAGCGAACCUAUUGUCCACACGGGUGGCUAAGACAGAGACGCUGUUCUCGGUUUUGUCCUCAUAUUCAGACAUCGAUCAUCCGAUAUGCCAGGAAUGCACCUCCAUACUCCUGACCUCCUACAACGCCCGGCUGUCUGGUUCGCUGAAGGAGAGAGACGCUUAUGCUUCAUUCCUCAAGUCUGUACAGCAGACCGUCUCGUCUAUAUCGAGCGGAAACGACACCAAAGCACGCAAAGAGGUCCAAGACGUACAGAAGCAGGGAGAGUCUACUUACAAUCAGCUCACUCGGGCUGAAGGCGAAUCUCGUCAGGUCGAAGGGGAGAUUGCAAGCCUGGAGGAGGAGACGCACCAGGCUGACUUGGACGAACAAGCGUAUUGGCAGUCGCGGAACGCCUUUGAUGACGAUCUGUACCAGAUUACAGUUCGUCUCAUGUCCUUGAAGGAGAAAUAUGCCCAUGAUCGUCAACAGCUUGAGCGGCUUCAACGAACCAAUGUCUACAAUGACACAUUCUGCAUAGGCCAUGAUGGGUAUUUUGGCACCAUCAACGGUCUGCGACUCGGCCGUCUGCCGAAUCAGAAUGUCGACUGGGCCGAGAUCAAUGCAGCAUGGGGCCAGACAUUAUUGCUCCUCGCUAUUGUCGCAGAGCGGCUGAAGUAUUCGUUCCAAGGCUACCGCCUACGACCGCAAGGGAGCACAUCUCGCAUUGAGAAGCUGGAGUAUCCCCAACAAGCGCCUGGUGCAACGCGGCAAAACGGCGCAGAUCGUGGACUACGUUCAGCCUCUGCGAACCCGGAGCCAAAGGUCACUCGACUGGACUUGUUCAGCAGUGGUGACAUGGCAAUUGGUCGGCUCUUGAAUCAUCGACGGUUCGACGCAGGAAUGGUGGCAUUUUUGGAGUGCUUAAAUCAGUUGGGCAAAUAUGUUGAGCGCACAUCCAGCAUUGAAGCCAACACACAUAAUCACCACGGUAGGAACGCAAAUAUGCGUAGUCCGCUUCCGAAAAGGGUGUUACCAUAUCCAAUACAGGGCGACAAGAUCGGGGACGUCUCCAUCAAACUUGGGGUCGGAUUCCAUCAGGAUGAGAAUUUUACGAAGGCUUGCAAGCAUGCUUUGACGAACUGCAAGUUCCUCCUGGCUCAUGUUAGCAAUCUUGAGGUCCAGAAAACUCCAUGA